AUGCACUUCUUCGUACGAAGCCAGGCGGGCAUCAACCAGCUGGGCGGCGUCUUCGUGAACGGGCGGCCGCUGCCGGACUACAUCCGGCGCCGCAUCGUCGAACUGGCGCUGAUGGGCGUGAGGCCAUGCGACAUCUCGCGGCAGCUGCUCGUGUCGCACGGCUGCGUGUCCAAGAUACUGACGCGCUUCUACGAGACCGGCUCCAUCAAGCCGGGCUCCAUCGGUGGGAGCAAGCCCAAGGUAUCCAAUCCGCAGGUGAUGCGUCGUAUGCUGCGCUACAAGAACGACACCGGCCCCGCUGGUUGGGACAUGCGGCAGCUGAUGCCCCACCAACCACCUCAGCAGCCCCAGCAGCAACACCAGCCGCAGCCCGACCACCCCAUGGGCGCAGAGCACGGCCUCGGGUCUCCACCGGCGUCGGCUUCCAGAGUUCUGCGAUGCGCCGCUGAGUGUACGGCGCUCUCCUCACCAACUGUGGACGUGACGGGAGGCCUCGCUGAGCCACUGCCCCUGGCCAUGGGGCCAUACUACCCUAGCCCCUACUUGGCCCUGCAGCACGUGACCACGUGCUUGCCCGCGUUGCCACAGCAACCGCCACAGCAGCAUCCUCAGACACGGCAGGCACAACAUCAACAGCAGCACCCGCUGCAGCAGAACGGUCUCGGCCAGAUGGCGACUAUGCCUUCCACCUCAUCCGCCAUGUUUGCCACCUCUUCGUGUGCCACCGUGACGAGGCCUUCGACGUCGCACAACUCCGGAGGAAUGCUCUUCCAAAAGAAGCAACGGAGCAGGCCUGACUCGAACGAGCACGACUCGGAAGAUGACCUUGAGGACCAAGACUCGUCAGACGAGCAGGUGCCCUCAAGACGGCGUACCACUGGAGGCAGCAAGGGCGUAACGUCUUACUCGAUCGAGGAGAUACUCAAGAAACCCGGUGACGUCCCAUCCGCAAGGUCCAGGGCAUCUUACAGGCGAGCAGCGGCGGCUUGGAGUUCUGAUGACGCGGGCGCCAACGGAACGUCGCCACAACAUUCCAGGGGCCACUCAAAGUCCGAGCAGGAGUCGAGCCUCGAGGCGGAAGUGACCUCAUCGUCCGCCGACGCCGAGUGCAACGGGCCUGCCGCGUCCCAGACGCAGUCACUGAGCGACCAGACGACGACCGCGGCAGCCGCUGCAGCUGCCGCGGCCGUGGCGGCUUUUCAGCCCCAGGCAGCAGCUCUGGCUCUGUGGGCCGGCGCCGCGGCUUCCAGCCCCGGAAGCGUGGGCUUCGCGUCCUUCCCGUUCACGAGGUUCGCUCCGAUGAUGGCACCGUUUCCGUGCUCCUACUUCUCGCAAAUGGCCGCCAUUUACCCGCACGCCCAACCGGCGCAGCCGUCGUCCUCGUCUGUCGAACCGGCGGUCGCAGUGGACAGCCACGUCGUUGCCGACUCGGCCACUUCGCCAUCGCCUGCGGCCGAAACCCCGCCGAACAACACGAUGCAUCCGAAGCACAGUUCACAGGCGCUGAGUCCGUGA